GUUCCGGUCAAAAUUAAAUUUGACCUGCCUAGAUUUGGGUAGGUCGGUAUAAUAAGCUAAGCUUGCGACUAAAAUAGAAAAGAUGUUUCGCAAUGGCUUCGAUUUAUUUGCUAGCACUUUUAAAUUAUCGACAUCUUGUAUUUGAUGAAAACUGGUAGGCUUAAUUAUGUCGGGUUGCUUGUUAUCGCCGGGAAAAAGAAAUCGACAAUUGCCAACAAUGUCUGAAUCUUCUUAUGCCAAUGGCAAUAACAGCGUUGUGGAGGAAAGUGUUACAGACACUUCCGAGAAACCAAGAAUAUUUGGACCAUAUACUAGACAUUUAUUGGAAAUAUUUGAAAGAUAUGCUAAAGAUGGUAAAUUAUCGCUGUGUAAUGUGGUGUCAGCUUUCCAUGACUUGAAUUUAUAUCCUUCUCACUCUCAAGUUCAUCAGAUGGUCCAUUGUGCUGUAGAGUAUGGAAGCCCAUGCGUAGCUAAUAAUAUUACAUUUGGUGAAUUUUGUGUUUUAGUGGAAGAAUUACAGCAUCAUUAUAUUAAAAAUCAACCCCUACCAUGCCCUUCUUCGGCUGUCAAGUUGAAAUGUGAUGGUACAGAAAGCAGAAGAAAAAGAAAAGAAAGUCAGUCAAAUUCUCAAGUAUUUUUGGGUGGAUCAUGUAAUCCUACAACAUGGAGACAUGAUAUAGCUAUACCAUUCCUUAAAAAACGGGUCAUAACAUUCUAUAACCCUCAGGUAAACACAUGGAGACCAGAAUUAAUAGAAUUAGAAGAUAAGGCUAAACAGGCCGCAGAUUUAUUGUGUUUUGUGAUAGACAAUCAGACACGAGCUGUUGUUUCUAUGAUAGAAACAUCAUAUCUAGUCGGAUGUUAUCGCCAGAUUAUAUUUGUAAUGAAACAAUACGAUAUAGAUGAAGAUAUUAUUAUCAAAGGUGAAACUGUAACAGAUGCGGAAAAGAGUGAUUUAAUACGGGUAAGAAAUGUAUUAAUAGAUAUAGUAGAGAGAAACAGUAUACCUGUAUUUACAGAUAUAAAUGACGCUUUACAGUGUGUUGUCUACUGUGUACAUCAGGGUAUACCAGUACAAGAUCUAGAAAAACAUCAUGGAGCUAAUCCUGUAAAACACGGACAUUUUGAAACUGGACAUGCUUUAUUGAAACUGCGAGAAACAUUUAAUUCUAUAACUUGUGAUAAUGAAAAAAUGAGUCGUAAAGAUGUUCAGUUGGCAUAUAAAUGUAUCACUGGUGAAGUUUUACCGUCAAAUUGGAUUCAAAGUCAUUCUCGUGUAUCUUCCUUUACUUUCGAAGAUUUAUGUUGUCUGGUUACAGAAUGUAAGAAAAGGCGACCUUCCUAUACUUCAUCAUUUCUGUCUCGAUUAAUUAGUCCCUUUACCAGCUUUAUAAAUAAAUUUAGAAGUAGACCACCACCACCACCAGUGUUUGAUGAUGGUGAAUGUCGGGAUGUAUAUCUUGGUGGUAGUUAUGGAGUAUCAACAUGGAGAAAAAAUAUGGCGAUUCCUUUACUCAGAAGAAAUGGGUUAUCCUAUUUAAAUCCUAUUGUUAAUGAAUGGUCAUAUAAUUUGAUACCAAUGCAAGUGGCUGCUAGAGAGAAAUGUCGUCUGCUGCUCUAUGUUUUCACACGUGAUACAAGGUCAUUUGCUGCCAUGGUUGAAGCGGGUUAUUAUAUAGGAAGAGGAUGUCGUGUUGUGUUAUGUAUACAGUAUAUAACAAAAGAUGCUGUUAUUGCUGGAGAAAAGCUCAGUGAAAGUGCCUUAGAAGAUUAUAAUCGUGGUCGAAUGUAUUUAAGUGAUAUGGCAAGUAAAGAAGGUAUACAGAUAUUUGAUGAUAUCAGUGAUUCUAUCAACUGUGCUAUCUCUCUACUUAAAGAAAUUAAAGAGCCUAAAGAGAUAUGAUUAGUAUAUUGCCUGGGUCACAUACUUAUCAUUCUCUUACAUGACAUAUUUAUUUUCAAUCAGAUUGGAUAUCAUACUAUCUGAAACUGUUAAAUUAAAUGGAUUAAGUGGUACUAUUAUAAUAAAGAAAUUAAGUGAUACUAUUAUAAUAAAGAAAUUAAGUGGUACUAUUAUAAUAAAGUCAAGUGAUACUAUUAUAAUAAAAAAAUUAAGUGAUACUAUUAUAUUAAAGAAAUUAAAUGGAUUAUGUGGUACUAUUAUAAUAAAGAAAUUAAAUAGUACUAUUAUAAUACAAGAAAUUAAGUUGCAAUAUAAUUACUGUUGUAAUAUAAUAAAGGUACUGUUGUAAUACAAUAGGUGUGUUACAUGCAUUAUUGUAAUACAAGAAUUUGAGUGGUACUAUUGUAAUACAAGAAAUUAAAUAGUAAUUUUGUAACACAAGAAAUUAAUGUGUCAUAUUAAAAUAUAAUUCAGAUAGUCCUGAAAUGACCUGUUUUGUGUCGAGUGGACAUUAAACCCCAUUUCUCUUUCUCUCGUAUAAUUCAGACAGCAUUUUCUAGAUAAUGUCAUUGUUUUGUUGUCAAUAAAAUUGAUUUAUCGUGUAAUUAAUCACCAUCAUGAUUAUUGUACUGUUUUCUGGGGUGUUUUUUUUGAUAAUUCCACUGAUCUAUAGGAUAACUACUCUAAAACUGUUUUUUAUGUGUAUUGAAGUUAAUGGGGCUGGUCAUAGGACACAUUUAACACAUUAAUUUCUUGUUUCCUUUAUUUUUUUAUUUUGUUGUAAUAAUCGAUAUCAUGUGAAUCAUUUUUUAUACGUGGACGUAUAUUGCCGUCACCCUUGUCUGUGUGUGUGUAUGUGUGUGUGUCUGUGGGUCGCCUACAUGGCGCAAUUCUUAAUGGAUUGUCUUCAAACUUUGCAUACUUAUUCCUUAUACCCUAAGGAUGAUCCCUAUUGUUUUUGGUGCCGCCUACAGGUCGCAAUUCUUAAUGGAUCGUUUUGAAAUCCUUUCAUACUUAUUCCUUAUUCCCAAAGGAUGUGACCUCUAUUAUUAUAAUUUGGUGCAUGCCCAACCCUCUGAGACAGAGCCAUGCCAAAUUUUUGUGUCUGUGUGUCAUUUUGAAACUUUGCAUACCUCUUCUUUAUACCCCAAGGAUGAUCCUUAGCGUUUUUGGUGAAUGCCCGACCCCCAGGGGCAGAGCCACACAUAUUUUUCCUUUGUGUGUUGCCUACAGGCCACAAUUCUUAAUGGAUUGUCUUGGAACUUGGCAUAUGUAUUACUUAUAGCCUAAGAACGACAACUGUUGAUUUUGGUGUAUGAUCCACCCCGUCUGGACGGUGCCACACCCACUUUUUAUUAAUAUUUUAUCUUUAAAUGAUCUAAAGGUUGCAAUUAUUAACAGAUUUGGAUCAAAUUCGGCAUGAUCCACCAUAGGGUUGUACCUAUUUAUAUUGUUCCAUAUUCAACCCUCAGGGGCAAAGCCAUGUCCAAUUUUUAGUGUUUAUCGUCUGCAGGCUGCAAUUCUGAAUGGAUCAUCUUGGAACUUUGCAUAUCUAUUUCUUAUACCGUAAAGACAGCUAUUAUUUAUUUUGGUGCAUGCCCUAACCCCCCAGAAAUGUGGACGUAUAUUGCAGCGGUACCGAUGCCCUUGUUUAAAACUGUCAUAUGGUUUUUAUACUUAGUCUAGUUGUAUAAGUUAUUUGUGAUUUCUGUGUAUUUAGACUAUUUGUAGCAGUGCUUCAUAAUAUUAGUAAUUUGCAUAAUUACAAUGAAGUCUCAGUGUGCAAAUGUACAAUGCAAUUUGAUAGUUAUGGGAUCCGAUCUUAAUGUUAAUUAAAAAUGGUGUUCUCACACAGUAAGCUUACUGCAAUAAGUAUUAUGACAAUUAUGUAUAAAUUUUUAAAAAUUAUAUGAUCUAUACUAGUUAUUUAAGGAGAACUUUGGAAUACUCUUCAACCUCUUUCCACUAUUGGCAAUUCUUUGCUCUACAUAUGCUGUUCCAGUAGCAAAUGACCCAAAUUUAUACAGAAAAUUGCACUACAUGUACUUAAUUUGUUCCCAGAAUAUUUCUAAAAUAUUUGCACUUUUUUUGCACUGCUUUUUAUCUCCAUGGUGUGAAAGAAAAGAUGAUUCUAAAUAAAUGAUUAGUUUUGAGACUUGUAUUUCAAGAGUACCAUUAAUUGUGCCUAGUCUAUAUUUGCCGCUUAAUCUGAAAUAUUGUGCCUUCAAACCUUUCUCAAAUAUUCUAUAUUGUGUGCAUAGAAUAUUAUUUAUAUAUUGCUAAUUUUAUGUGAUAUUUUCUGAGAAAUAAACGAAUCUCUGUAUAACUCCUAAAAAAAACUGAUAGGGAAUGACAGAUCCUAAAUCAUUCUACCUGUAAUUAAAUUUAUAAUAAUAUUUUGUUCAUUUCUGGGUUGGUUACUUCCUCCACUACAAUUUCUCUAUAAACCAAUCAAGACUCAUAAUUCUUAAAAAUUUUGUAAAGAAUGCCCAAAUUUGUUAUGCAACCAUAGAAGACAUAAACUGGCCCAGAAAACAUUUUUCUGAAACGGUUUUUCCAUGUUAAUAUAUUGACUAUUAUAAUAAAUGGUACGAAAAUCAUAUUAGGUUUAAUUAGAUUGAUUAUAAAUGGUCUGACUGAAAAUAUUAAAUGUUUGUUUUGUUCAGGUUUUAAAGCAUUUUCACAUUGUAUGAAGCAUGAUUUAUCACCCAAUAAUACAUUCUACAGUAGAUACCGCUUGUGUGAUAUAUAUCAUAAUCUACUGCGAUAUCUCCUAAGUGAGAUAUCGCUUUACAUGAAUUUGAUUGGUCAGAUGAAAAGGAACUACUUUUUUUAUUUUCAAAAAAACAGUUCAUUUCUUAUUAAAAGUUACUUUUUUUUUAUUAAAAAUAAACUAUUGUUAUUUAAUUGACCUUCAUGGAAACACUUGGUCAAUAUAAAGGACUUUGCAAUGGUUGAAUUGCUGUCAAAAAAAAUGAUGUAUCACUACGCCGUAAUGUAAUCAGAUUCAGUAAAAGUGAAAUCUUCAGCAAAGAAUUAUAUAUAUUUAUUUGUGCAUGUAAGAAAGGAUUGGGUGAUAAAUAAAAUCUGCUACUCGCCUUUUUUAUAUCAAAAAAGACUUGUAGGAGAUUCUCUGUAUAUUCCUAACUGACUGAGCUAUGGUGUUUAUCAAAAAGUUGCUUGGUCCGAUUCUGAAGCAAUGGGCAACACAUCCAAAGUUCUAAAGCUUUUCAUAACCUGUCCAGUUUCUGCAUAUGAGUCUUGUUUGUGACAGAUGUUCUGGUCACAUCCAGUCAAUAGUCUUAGUUUAUUUUUUAAUUGAGCAAGAAAUCAGGUUUAAGGCCCAUUCAAGCCUAACUAGAUUAUUUUAGGACAACAAAUGUUGCACAUAAGGAAAGUGGUAGGAAACCACAGAAAGACCACAAGAUUGGACAAGCAACACUAAUCAUCACAAACAAAUGUGGGAUCGAACUUGCAUCCAUGACCAAACAAUAUGCUAUAUAGCUUAGACCCUCCCCUAUUUAUUUUGAUAAACAACAUCCAUUGCAGUCAUGGAAAAUAUGUGUAGUACUUUUACCAAUAACAAAAUAAUGUUGAUCUAUGGGGUAAUAUAUUAUUAUGUACAUGUAUUUUCUGACUAUAAAAAUGGCAUAUUUCUAGUGUGAAUUUCAAUUCUAGAAUUAUUUAUGUAGUAAUUGUUUAUUUUUUCCCAUUUGUAUGUAAUUAUUAUACUGACUAGUUUCUUUCUAUAUAAAAUUAUGAGGCAGUGCCAAAUUAAACAUUU